UUUGCAUUAGUGCAUGUUUUUCAAACUAAAGUAUAAGCGCACCUCGUUUCCUAAUGGAACAGCAUGCUCAAGAAAGCUACAGAUUGGCAGCUCCGUCAAAGUUUGCUUUUCCGUUUGAGCCCUAUUCCAUUCAAGUUGAUUUUAUGAAAUCACUUUACCACGCGAUUGAAGACAAAAAGAUUGGAAUUUUUGAAAGCCCGACAGGUACUGGAAAAUCUUUAUCUCUCAUCUGUGGUUCGCUUACUUGGUUGAAAGACCAUGAAGAAAGAGAAGAAAAAAGAUGUCAAGAAAUCACCAAUAAACUUACAACCGAAAAGUCCAAAGAAACUUGUGACUUUGACUGGAUUCAAGAGUAUGCUGAAAAGAAGAGUAAAAGUAAAGAGCAACAAGCUGCAUCAGACGAAAUGGAACGAAGAAAAAAACGAAAAUUAAAACUGAAGAAAAUUAGAAGCAUGAAGGUGUCAGAGGAAAAAGCGGAAAUAAAAGCAAACCCAUAUCGAAAAAAACGAAAAGCUGGUUGUGAUGAAACAGUGAGGCUUAUGAAGCAGGCAAAAAUGGAUAUUGAAAACUUUGAUAAAAAUGGAACAACAGGCGGAACAUCCGAAGAUGAAUUGACUGUGGAUGACUUAUCGCUUGCUCUCGAUGAUUACAACAGUGAUGAGGAUCGGGAAGUUCCGGAUGCGGGAGAAGAAGAGGAAGAUCAUCUUACAAGGAUUUUCUUCUGCAGUCGAACUCAUUCUCAGCUGUCUCAGUUCGUGAAGGAAUUACAGAAGUCACCAUUUGGUAACAAUGUCCAUUGUGAUGCAGAUGAAGGGGAUUUUCAAAUCACAAUGGCAAGUCUGGGGUCAAGGAAUAAUCUAUGUAUAAAUGAUUCUGUCAGAAAACUGAAAUCUGUUAACCUGAUGAAUGAAAGAUGUUUAGAAAUGCAGAAAAACUCUAAACCAAAGUCCAAGAAAGAAGAUGACCAAGAUAAACCAAAGCGACAGAAAAAAGUGAGCAAGUCAACUUGUUGUUAUUACACCAACCACGAUGGUAUUGCGCAACUCACCAACACAAUUGUUGGGAAAAUUCAUGACAUUGAGGAAGUAAUUAAAGAGGGGAAGUCCCUCGAAGCAUGUCCUUACUAUGCAUCCAGACAUGCAGUAACAUUAUCACAAUUAGUUGUCCUACCUUACCAAACCCUGCUACACAAAGCUACACGCCAAGCUUCUGGAAUUAAACUGAAGGACUCUGUUGUUAUAAUAGAUGAAGCUCAUAACUUGGUUGAAGCACUUAACUCAAUGCACAGUUGCUUGGUAACUGCUAAACAACUAAGCAAGGCUUAUGGACAGUUAAGUCGAUAUGCCAAAAAGUUUAACAGCCGUUUAAAAGCCAGAAACUUGUUUUACGUAAAACAACUCUUGUAUGUUUUGAAUAACAUGAUGGUGCUACUAAAGGGAAUGAGUUUAGAAAGUGGUAAGUUACAAAAAGAUUCAAAGGAAAAUCGUCAAAAAAGUUCACAACUGUUGACAGUUAAUGACUUUUUAUUUAAAAGUAAAAUAGACAACAUCAAUUUCUUCAAGUUGCUGCGUUAUUGUGAAAGAAGCAAAAUAUCAAGAAAACUCGGUGGAUUUGUGGAAAAGUUUGAAACUGACGGUAUUGUGCCGAUUAUUACCAAGAAAGAAUCAUCCAUGACAACUUUCUUAAAAGAUAUUAAAAAUCCAGUUGUACCCAGCGUCCCCAGCUCUAAACCAAAUGAAAAUGUUUCGAUGUCAUCUCCACUCAUGCAUAUCGAGUCUUUAUUCGCUGCUCUGUCAUCCGCAAACCAAGAUGGCCGUGUUGUGAUGACUCAUGAUGACUCAGGACCGGCAGUAAAAUAUCUGUUGCUUAAUCCGGCGUCACAUUUUCAACAAAUUUUAGAAGAGUGCAGAGCGCUUAUAGUUGCUGGUGGUACUAUGCAACCGUCGUCAUGCUUGAUUGACCAACUACUUGCAAAAACGGAAAGCGAAAAACAUCGGUCACGCAUCGUUGAGUUUUCGUGCGGUCAUGUUAUUGAUGGGAAACGUCAACUGCUUCCUCUAGCUCUCUCUAGUGGUCCUUCAGGGGUCGAGUUUGAAUUUACGUUCCAAAAACGGAGCAAUUUUAAAUUGAUUGAUGAAACCGGUCGUCUUCUGUUAAACAUCAGCAACAUAAUACCUGGAGGUGUGGUUUGUUUCUUUCCAUCUUACGAUUACGAACGAUUUGUUGUUCAACGUUGGCAGGAUGCCGGUAUCUUAUCAAGGCUGGAAAUGAAGAAAAAGAUAUUCCGGGAACCAAAGAAAGCAAAUGAAGUUGACAAAUUACUUACUGAAUACACAAGAUGUGUCAAGAAUGUGGGUCCUGGGAAACAAAAUGGAGGAUUAUUAUUAAGUGUGGUUGGAGGAAAGAUGAGUGAAGGGAUUAACUUCUCAGAUGAUCUUGGAAGAUGUGUUGUGAUGGUUGGACUCCCGUAUCCAAACUCACAAUCUCCGGAGCUGAGGGAAAAGAUGAAUUAUCUGGAUCGAAACAUGAAAUGUCAUACGGAUGGUAGAACUGCUGGGCAAGUUCAUUAUGAAAAUCUUUGCAUGAAAGCAGUGAAUCAGUCAAUUGGUCGUGCCAUACGUCACAGAAAUGACUAUGCAUCCAUAAUUCUAUUGGAUAAGAGGUACAGUAGACCUUCAGUGGCUAACAAGCUACCUAAAUGGAUUUCAAACCAUCUUUCCAGCCAUGAGAAAUUUGGAAGUGCUUUUGCUUCAAUCAAACAGUUUUUCCACAACAAAAAGACGAAAUCCUGAGUUUGGCUCAUUGUUGAAAAAUAAAAAAAGCACAACUUUAGAAAAUGCCGAAAUUAUUCGAAACUGUGCAAUUUAUUUAACACUAUGUGGUUGGUCUGGCACUAGUAUAUUGGCUAAGGACCCAACAUAUUUCUUCAGUGCAUCAUCUUUUGUUUUUGAAACUUCCACCAAGGCUUUCUUGUAAGCUUCUUCAGCCUCUGCUGGUUUACCUUCACAAUGAAAAAAAAUACUUGUUUUUUUUUAAUGUAUUUUUGACUUUUGUAGCUAGAAAUAAAAUAUGUAUACUUGCUAUUGCACA